CACACAGGUAAAUGCAGCUAUCCCACAACCAGCAGAGAGCCAGUUGAGACGGAGGCCCGGGGAGAGAGUGUCGCUUCAACCUCACAGACGAGGAACAAAGCAGAAGAAAGACGACUUCUCUCACUGAGCGGGCAGAUGGAGUGUAUGGAGGGGGCUGUUUCCAGUCUCAGCUGGUCUCUGGUCUGCGGGGGGGCGCUCUACCUGUGGCAUCAGACCCGGGUCCGGACGGCUUACGGCCGCUACAUGUCCGCGGAGAGCCGCUGCUGCCCGGCCGCGCUGGGCUGGUUCCUGCAGGAGGUCCCGUCCUUCCUGCUGCCGGUGCUGCUGCUGCUGCUGCCCGGGGAUCCAGGCCCCGGGCCCGGCAGGACGCUGCUGCUCUGCACCUUCACCUUGCAUUACUUCCACAGGAGUUUUGUUUACGCCUUCCUGACCAGGGGCCGACCCGUCCCCCUGACUACCAUCGUCUACGCCGCCAUCUUCUGCUCGCUCAACGGCUUCCUGCAGGGUCACCACCUGCUGCACUGCGCCCGCUUCCAGGACACGAGGCUGACCAGCGCCCGGCUGGCGGCAGGUUUCUUUCUGUUUGUCGUUGGUCUGAGCAUCAACAUCCACAGCGACCACAUCCUGCGCAGCCUCAGGAGACCUGGAGAGGUCGUGUACAGGAUCCCACACGGGGGGAUGUUUGAGUUCGUGUCGGGGGCGAACUUCUUUGGUGAGAUCGUGGAGUGGUGUGGUUACGCUGUGGCCGGCUGGUCGCUACCGACCUUCGCCUUCGCUUUCUUCACGCUCUGCUCCAUCGGGCCCAGAGCCUACCACCACCACAGAGACUACCAGCGGAGGUUCGAGGACUACCCUCGCUGCAGGAAAGCUCUGAUCCCGUUCCUACUGUGAUGACAGUGGAGAGUGAAACAUCUCAGCUGAGCUGCACAGACACAAAGUAAUGCAGAUGUAGGUUUGUGUGCAAGUCCUGUUAUAAUUAUUUUUAAAUAAACUCAUUUCAUUAUCUCUUAAUCCUUCUCUGAUCAUCUGCUCCUCAUCCAUUCAAAUAUUCUGUAACGAGUAUGAUAUAAUAUGAUAUGAUAUAUAGUAGAGGUAUAAAUACAAGUAUUUGACUAUACAAUAGAUAAUAUAAUAUACUAUGAGUGUAAGAAUAUGUAGACAGUGUGCAAAAGACAAUAUUAUUGUAUAAAAUGAUAUACAGUAUCAAUAUGGUUCAUAUUAACACAUACCACAUCUGAUGUGGAGUAAGUGUUCCAGUACAUGGAGCGGAGUGUUGUACAGGGUACACAGUGAAGCAGACAGGUGUGUUUAGUGCAGAGGUUGUUAUCGGAGAAGAGAAUGAUUUUUUUUUUUUUUACAUUUAUACAAAUACACCACAGCAAAUCUCUUGUACCUGUAAACCUGUUUAGCAAUAAAACCUGAUUCUGAUCCCAAA